AUGGACGGCGUGUCGUUGAACAUGCUUCAAGUGCUUCUGGCCAUCAUCCUGGCUGCUGCAUCCAUUUCCUUGCUCACCAGUGCAGGGGUCAUCCAUCGAUGCCCUAUGUGCCCUGGAGCCACGGGGUACGGCGCCUGUGCUGCGGCGCAGGAUCUCAAGGUCUUGGCCAGCUUCCUCCUGGGCGUCAUCGCCUGCAAGUCCGCCGACUUCCGUUUCGUGGCGGGUACGGCGGUGGUCUUCAUUGCUGGCUGGUGUGGUGAGGUUUGCAGUGGCAAGGAUAUGGGACAUUUGGAAGCUGAGGACGACAAGUCAUUUAGGGUCAUCCCAGAGCACUCGGGGAAAGACCUUGAGCUGGUCAUGUACUGGAGCCAUGCUGCGGCAAGGCGCUCGGAGGAGAGGCCACCGCAGGAGCUAGAGGUACGAUGGCUGGGGCCCCGGCAUCGCCCCAGCAUCACGUGGCGCUCGAGCUGGUCGUCUCAGCUGGUCUCGUGGGCGCCGAUGCCGUCCGAAGGGCGCGUUGAACCUGGAGAAUGGAAGGUGGAGGUUUGGUUGGCCGGCCAAUUGCAGGGGCUUCUUGCCAUGCGGAUGUGA